AUGGCAGGACGCCGCCACCCUGGCGGUACUUUCCCCUCCAUCACUCCUUGCCACACUUCUGCUUCUGCAGAAACCAGCUGCGUUCAUUUGAAGCGGAGCAGAGCCUGCAGGGCUGCCGGGGGCAUGGCCCAGAGUGUGGUCUAUGCUGACCUGAAGUUCGCGGCACGGCCCCUGUCCACUGCGCCCGACGACGAUGACAGUCCCUACGAGAACGUGUCACCGCUGGGGCCAGUGACAGCAGGGCCCAGCCCAGGGCGCUGGACCCGGCCAUGGCGCGUCCCCACAGCGCUGCUGGUAGCCAGCCUGCUCCUGCUGCUGCUGCUGCUGGUGGCCGUGGUGGCCCUGGGCGCUUGCCACUGGCAGGUCACCCGCAGCCUGCAGGACUCCUCCCGUGAGCACAAGGCCGAGCAGGGCCGCCUGUCACAGGAGCUGAGGGCGCAGGAGCAGAGCCUGGAGCAGACACAGCUGGAGCUGGCGUGGGCCAGAGAGGAGCUGCAGCGAGCGUGGCACGAGGGCAACAUCAGCCGGCUGGAGCUGAAAACCAGGAAUGCCGAUCUGGGUCAUGCCCAGCAGAAGCUGGCUGUGUUGCAGGAGGAGCUGCGGCUGGUGCAGGGGAAGCUCAACACCAGCGAGAGGGCUGUGAGCAGCCUGCGUGCCUGCGUGAACACAGAUUGCUGCCCCUGGGGCUGGGUACUCUUCAAGAGCAAGUGCCUCUACAUCUCGGUGACAAACAAGACCUGGGAACAGAGCAACAAAGACUGUGAAGGGAAAUAUGCUCAGCUGCUGGUCCAAGAUGAGUGGUCACCACUGACAGUGCCGUACUUUGUGCGUGCAUCUAAGGCGUACUACUGGAUUGGAGGAGAACCUCCUUAUGCGGCAAGGAGACCUAUGUGGACGGACAGAAAACGUUCCUUGAAACGCCAUACUCCAGACUGCUGGUCACUAGUCGAUGGGGAAAUGUGGAAUCAGCCAUGCGACAAACACUACCCGUGGAUCUGCGAGAAAUCCCCAAAUCUGAGCAGGGCACCUGAGACUCGUCCUCUUUUUCUGGCCAAGGACUGACUGCUGCCACCCCGGCUGCAUCCCUGGACUCAGGAACAGGAGCCGGGUGUGCACCUUGGGAUCCUGCCCCUGGUGCACGCUUUGCCUCAACUGCAUUGCAAAACUGCUGGGGAAAAGUGUCUCUAUUUUAAAGCAAGGAUUAUGAAAAACAGACCUUAUUCCCCUCUCCCACACUCAAGCAAACACAUAUUAUACUGCUUUGUACUGUGCCACUGCAUGUCCCUGUGUGCCCUGGCCAAUGCAGCUCCAGUGCAGAACCCAGCUCUCACCUUCUUUGUUACCCCAAGGCUGCCAGGGGUGCAGGAUCUGCCAUUUGCAUAUUUUUGGAGCUGGGAAUGACACGCUGAUGUCCUCAACCUGUACAUUUCGGGGAGACCUGUGGAUUUACAGCCUGUCCCUUUUCUCAGCAUUGACAGCACUCAUCCUGCCCUUUCUUCUGCCUUCAUCACCUGCCCAGGGCUGGGUCCUGCCUGGAAAGGGUGCUGACAGUGAGACCAUCAGCAUGAGAAAAUGCUAGAAAGCCAGAGACCAUUUAGGAAGUGGGGGAGUGCUGGGGAGCUUUGAGAACGUGGUGGAUGAAUGAGGAAACUCUGAACCCACGGGAGGAAAAUGAGGGCAAUGAAGAGCCUGAAGACCAUGGGAGGUGAAUGUGUGAAUCCUGAGAUCAUGGAAAGAAAGAGAGCGGCGUGGAACUGCAAAUGAGGAUGGUUCUGAGAAAAUGGAGGUGCUGAUAAGACAGUGGGAGAGAGGAAGGAGCACUAGGGAGACUUGGGAACAUGGGGGAAAAGAGACACCCCUCCCACCAAGCGGGAAAGAUCCCUAAGAAUGUGGCUGGACCUUAUCUACCAAAGGAGGGUGAUGAGAGACCCCAGUCCAGGACCCAGGGUGACCCUCCCUGCCUCAGUCAGUGAUUCUGCAGAGAGGGGAAUGUGUUGGCAACCAUUUUGCUAAGCUGGACCUGCAACAGCCAGCACAGCUUCACCACAAGUCCUGCCCAGCCAACCCAGUGCUCUUCUACAAUGGAGUGAUUGCACCAGUGAACAAGGGAAGGGCUGCACGUGUCACCUGUCAGACUUCUGUAAAGCCUCCAACACAGUCCUCCUCUAAAUUGGAGAUAAAUGGAUUCAAUCAACGGGUGAACUGGUCAGUGGAUAAGGUUGGACAGCUCCAUCCAGAAGAUAGUGCUCAGUGGCUCCGUGUCCUCAUUGGACACUGGUGAUGAGGUUGGUCCUCAGGGAUUCACCCUGGGACCUAUGUUAUUCUGUACUUUUGUCAACAAUGUGAACAGUGGGAUCAAGUGCACCCUCACCAAGUUUGCAGAUGACACCAAGCUGAGGUGGUCUGACACACCUGAAGGACAGGAUGCCAUCCAGAGGGACCAGGACAAGCUUGAGAAAUGGACCCAUGGGAACAUCAUAAGGUUUAACAAGGCCAAGUGCAGGUCCUGCCCCUGGGCUGGGACAAGCCCUGGUGCCAGCACAGGCUGGGCAUGAACAGCCCCAGAGCAGCCCUGCCCAGAAGGGCUUGGGGGUGCUGUGGGUGAGAGGCUGCACAUGGCCCAGCCAUGGCACUCACAGCCCAGAGAGCCAAACGUGUCCUGGGCUGCAUCCAGAGCCCCGUGGGCAGCAGGGCAG